AUGAAAAAAAUGAACACGCUAAGUAAGAUCAUAGUUGUAUUAGCGCUAUUUGUCUUUGCCAUAGGCAGAGUUAGCAGUGCUGAUGUUCCUCCUGCACCCCCUGCAGAUGAAAACUCCAAAGAUGCAAAUCGAGACUCAGCCCAUGGCUCAGAUGAAGAAGCUUCCUCUGAACAAUCACCACUUAACUUAAACAAUGAUUUAGAAAACAGAGCAAGAAAUAGACAGGCUCUUAGGGAUCAAGCUGCUGCCUUGGAAGCAUCUGUUACAACGUCUUUAUUUGAUCAAGCAGAAGCUGCAUAUCAAAACGCUUUAAUCAAAGCAACUCAAGAAAGAGAAAAAAGAACCAGAGAAACCACAGAAACUGAACCAACCAGUAGCUUCGUAUUUAACAAGGAAGAAAACUCUUCAGAGAAAGAAAAUCCUAUAGACACUCCAGUCAAUAAAGAAGCUGAAGAUGCUGCAAAAGAAAUACCAACAGCCAAUAACGAUGAUGCAAAAGAAAUACCAACAUCCAAUAACGAUGAUGCAAAAGAUGACAAGAACACUAACACCUACACAAGCUUUAUGCGAAAGAAUGGAACCAUCUUCAUUUUCUUCUGCUUUGGCCUCUACAUCGUAAUACUCUUCAGUGUGCUGUACAUGAACAACAUGGAGUACCAAAAGUACAACACAAUGCUGCACGAGUUUAUCAGAAACCACCCGUCUUUUAAAAAAAUAUUCACCAUCAGCAAAACACUGUUCUUCAGUGUCCUAGCUGCAGUAUACACUUUCUAUGUUAUAUUAAUUCGGCCAAGUACCCGUUUGCAGGAGAUUGUUUGCUUUUCUCUUGUUCCUCUAGUUGGGCUGCUAAUAUUCGCGUCUACAUUCUCAUACAGAAUGAACCAAGCAGGAGUGCCUCUCUUUAUGCAGAUAGCACUGAUUGUAGUGCAGAUCAUUGUUGUCUUUGUGAUGGGUCUCCUUGGAAGCGGUCUGUUCAACUACAAAAAAGCAGCAGAUAUGUUUAAAAAGAACCCAAUUGUUGCCACGAUAAUAUCGGUUACUAGCAUUUCUUUCAUAUACACGCUCCUCAGGAUUCUUCUUCCUGCGCAGUACGAGUUCUGUGCUGACCUGAUAUACUUCUCUGGAAUAUAUGCAUUUGUCUACGGCGUGAUGGUUGGAAUGCAAAUUCUGAUGAAACUAAUUAAAUGGAUGAGACAAAAACACGUGUCAGAAGAGUCAGCAGAGAAGCACAAGGGAAGAGAGCCAAACUUUGAAAACAAUCCAGUCUUCUACGCAAUUAUAUCUUUUGCAUUCGGAAUUGUGUCUCUUCUUGUGUUUACUCUGGUGCUGUACUUUGAAAAAGAAUGGCUGCACAAGGCUCAGGUUUCUGCCAUACUAUGGGGAAUUGCCAAGCUCAAAAGUGUGUCGAGUCUCCUUGGCAUAUCUUCAAUCAUAGAAGUUGUAAAAACCAAAGUAUCCAAUCUAGUGGAAGUUUCAAACGUUCUGUCAGCUCCUAUAAACUAA